AUGUAUGUGAAAUGGUUUGAUACAGGAAUGUUAUACUAUGCGAUUUUAGUGAUUUUAGUGAAUGGCACUUUUUGUCAUUUUCAAAUUUCCCGCCAUUCCGUCCCCAGUACGUCGCAGGGAACGGAACCCAGAAGACAGAUGCCGGCAUCGGCCGGAGGACAUUACAGGGGACACUGCAGGAGGGACAUCGCGGGAGCGCAGGACAAGGUAAGAGAAGAACAGAUCCCGGAGCAGCGCCGCAUGGUAAGCCCGAGUGUAGCUCGGGGUUACCGCUUGUGCUACACUCGGGAAUACUGCCAGGGAGGCUACACU